UUGGCGUCAGGUAUCGGGAUCGAUUGUUGUACGGGUACCCAUAACGACAAAGUCAAAAUGUACGCUGUUGUUUUUCUAGCACUCGUCGCCUCAGCUCUUGCUGAAGUGUACGUUGAUUCAAGAUGCCCAGACAUCCAGCCAGUUCAGAACUUCGACGUUGUUAAUUACGGAAAGGGAGUCUGGUACGAAAUAGCCAGGUACCCCAACAGGAAAGAAAUGAAGAUUGAUUGCGGCCACACCGAGUAUACUCCUCAAGGAGAUCAUUUUUCUGUAAAGAACUUGGGCUUUAAUAACGGCAAACUUAUGUCCAUUGAGGGUGUGGCAAAACUUGCCGAGGACGCUGGAAAUUCUGGAAAACUCAUCUUUACCUUGCCAUAUGGAGCAUCUGGCAAAAAAACUGACAACGUCUUGAAUGUAUUGUACACUGACUACGACAACUUCGCAAUCGUCUAUCACUGCCAGUUUCACGAGGAGAAGAACAGCCGUCAAGACUUUGCUUGGAUUCUUUCGAGGUCUAAGUCCUUGUCCCCUGAAUUGAAGGCUAAGGUCGACAAGUUCGUCUCGGAGUCCAAGGUUCUGGAUAGCAGCAAAUUCGUAUGGCCCGACUUCUCUGACAAAGCCUGCAAGGCAUCAGCUUAGAUUAGAUGAAUUUAAUUAAUCUGUUUUUUUAAUGUAUAAAAGUUAAUAAUCCAAUGUUCUAGUUUAAAUUCUUAUUCUUGAACGAAGCACUCCAUAUUAAUAGCUUAGUAAAACAAGAUACAAUGCCGACUAUACAUUAUAGAAUAUAGUUUUCAUAAAUAAAAAUUAUUAUUAAUG